UGAGUCAGUGCCCCGCUUACUAAGAGUUUUAUGUCGAUUUUCUCCGUCAAAACUUCACCUUUAGUCACCAAACUCUCCCGAUUCGUAGGGGAGUCACUGCUAAAGAGACGAGAAGCCAUUCUGGGUAUGCUGCCAUCAGGAAAGUUGGAGCUGAGAUAAUUUUCCGACCGGACGGGUCGAGAGCGAUUGUGUAUGGAUUUGUAAUGGCGCUGGUAGGAAACCGACUCCCGGCCAGACAUAUCAUGACUUUUCAGGGUGGCUUGGCCCAAACCACGUCCCAACAGGCAAUCCUUGCCGCUGCCGUGACCGUCCCCUAUUUCCAGGUGGUCCAGCCACAGGAUAUACAGCCCGACCGACCCAUAGGAUACGGAGCGUUUGGCGUCGUUUGGGCUGUAACGGACCCCCGCGAUGGGAAGCGGGUUGCCCUGAAGAAGAUGCCAAAUGUCUUCCAGAAUCUAAUAUCAUGUAAACGGGUCUACCGAGAACUCUGCAUGCUGUGUCACUUUCGUCAUGACAACGUUCUUUCAUCAUUAGACAUCCUGCAACCACCUCACAUCGACUUCUUCCAAGAAAUCUACGUUGUGACAGAACUCCUCCAAAGCGAUCUCCAUAAAAUCAUCGUGUCACCACAGCCACUCACCGCCGACCACGUCAAAGUCUUUCUCUACCAAAUACUCAGAGGUUUAAAAUACCUCCACUCUUCACGCGUGCUACAUAGGGACAUCAAGCCAGGCAAUCUUCUUGUAAAUAGUAACUGUUGUCUUAAGGUUUGUGACUUUGGCCUAGCACGUAUCGACGAGCCUGACGAAGCGAUCCACAUGACACAGGAAGUGGUGACGCAGUACUACCGGUCGCCAGAGAUCCUGAUGGGAGCCAAACACUACACCUCCGCCAUCGACAUCUGGUCUGUCGGCUGCAUCUUCGCAGAACUGCUCAGCAGGAGAAUACUCUUUCAAGCUCAAAGUCCUAUACAGCAGUUGGACCUAAUCACCGAUCUACUAGGGACUCCAGGUAUAGAAGACAUGCGGACAGCGUGUGAGGGGGCAAAAGCUCACAUUCUGCGGCAGCCACACAAGCCCCCCUCUCUAGCUGCCCUGUACACUCUUUCAUCUCAGGCAACACAUGAAGCUGUACAUCUUCUAUGCAGAAUGCUUGUCUUUGAUCCAGAUAAACGUAUAACAGCCAGCGAUGCACUAACCCACCCAUACCUGGAUGAAGGUCGGCUACGUUACCACUCCUGUAUGUGUAAAUGUUGCUUCAACACCACCAGUGGGCGCCACUACACCAACGACUUCGAACCGGCCAGCACGCAGCCUUUCAGUUACAAGUUUGAAGACGAGUUAACUUCAGUUUCUAAAGUCAAGGAAAAAUUGCACAAAUUCAUAUCAGAACAACAACAAAAGGGUAAAAGAGUUCCACUAUGCCUAAAUCCAAAUUCCAUUUCAUUCAAAAGUUUCCAAAGUGUGAAAGGUCGAAAGUCCCGCAGCCAGUCGCAUUCACAUCACAAUUCAAACCUAGCCAGUAAAUCCAGGGGGCCAAAUCUUCCCUAUGGCUGCUAACUGCUUUGACCUUGACCGUGACUCGGAUCUUGGUCUUGUAUAACAUUUCUGUGAUCUGCCUUUUGCAGUUCUCCAGUCAUAGUUCCACCUGUGGUUCAUGUAUGGGGCUGAAGAAACAAACCUUGUGAUUGGACACUUUACUAUUCUCUCAGGUUUAUCGCACCUUCUCAUUGGACACUGCUUUGAGGUCUCUUGCCUGAAGACUACGAUGCUGAUCGAAGGUUUUGUGCAGUCUGACAGACAGAGAAAAUGAUGCUGGUGUGUUUAGACAAUGUCAUUGGAAGUGUAUCUGCAUAUUGUCGAGAUGUACACACCUCCUGAUCUGUGAAGAGACUUAUGUAGGAAAGGAUUAAAGUAAAAACUGAACAGGAUAACAAUCUGGAAAGGGGUGCUGACUCCUGACAUCUGCUGUUAGAGGUGGAUCAUCUUCUUGUGUCUGUAUAGUAGGUAGAAGAGAUCAUAGGUCAAAAGAAGAAAUAUGAUUGGACAAUUGUUCUUUGCAAUAGAUCCUUGUAUCAAGCAAUGCCAUUGCCUGAGACGGUUUUAUUUGAUUGACAAGCUCAUCUUUUGUUUUUCAUGUGAAUGUUAACCCAGUUGGUCUGUAUUUUCUCUCCGUUCAUUGUGUGACUGCAUUGUGUUUCUAAAAAGUUGAAAGCUAAAUUUAGAUUCUGUGACUGCGUAUUUCUAAAAAGUUGAAAGCUAAAUUUAGAUUCCGUGAUUGAGUGUUUCUAAAAUAAGAAGUUGAAAGGUAAAUUUAGAUUCCGUGAUGAGUGUUUCUAAAAGAAUUUGAAAUGUAAAUUUGGAUUCAGUGACUUGGUGCUGCCCGUGAAUCCAGCAGGAGGUAAACUACAAAUAGAUGCAUCGUUGUGUCUGUUGUUGGUACUAUUUUUAUACAGUUGAAAUUUUACACGUGUCUUAGUAUAUGUGUGUACAUAGGUUUGUGUAUAUAUAUCUCUAUAUAUAUAUAUCUGUAUGUGUGUGUGUAUGUACGUGUGUCCGAGCAUGCUUGGUACAAGUGUGACGAUUCUGCUAUGAUUCCAGCACACCAUUGACCACAUUUCCCUUUGUGAUCUCAUCUUUUCUUACUCUACCGUGUAGCCUAUUUAUUAUUUAUUUGAGGGUAAACGUGACAUUCAGUCACUUGUAUUGGCUUAUGUUACUUCUGUCCUCUUGGUGUGUGCUGUCAACAACCAAUAAUAUAACAAGACAAGUGCCACACUUAACAUGUACACAACCUGUCGAAUGGUAAAACAUGUUACGUCCAUGUCUCUGCAUGAACACAUGGAUACCUGGUUUUCUGGGCUCAUAACCCAAGUAAAUUCGCUCAAGAGUCUGUUUACAGUUUUUGUUCAAACAGUUUGAUUUGUUUUUAACAAACCAAAACUAAGUAAAAAAGAGAAGGCAUGUGUCAUUUUAAAUUGGAAAAAAAUAUUUUUAAAUUUGAACACAUUAAAGAGCCACAAAGUAAUUUAAAAUACAUUUUGCUUUUUUUGGCAAGGCUAAUAGUAGUGGUACGGUACUUGAUAUAAAUAUUGUUUGCUUCCCUUCUGAUGUAGCUCCUAUAAUGGGUAAACAUCUUGUAUUUUGUUGUUAAAUCACUUGUAGAGUAGACUAGUAACUACAACACUGUAACGCAUACAGUAAGGUUACACACAGACUUCACUCAAAUACCUGACUGUUGUAAACCCUACUUGGGAAUUCUUUUAUUUAGAAAUCAUUUACAGCACGGCACCUUUCAGCAGAAAUGGGGUUAAUUCAACAACGUAUCCUAGUCCAGACAGUCCGUGACUUUUCAGAUCCGUUUCUGUGGGUAUUGUAUGGAACAACACGAAGGCAACUAUAUGCCAUGUUUCUCAUGUGUACAUACUAUAUAAUGUUUGUGAUAUGUAACAAAACUUCCAGACAUUAUGAGUAACGGUGCAUCUGUAACUAUGCACUGUAAACUUUAUUAUGCCAACAUUUUAAUUGUGUAUAUGAUCUAACAUAUGUUUAGUUAUCCCGUUCUUUACACAAAGUGUAAAGUGUAAUAACUUAGCAGGGGCUUAGUAUUCUAAACUUUUUGCAGAAAAAGUUAUUCAAGUUUAGUUGUCGGUUAUUAACAAGACUGAGAUAAAAACAAUAAAACAUGGUGCAUAAGAAUAAACAAUCAAUUUUCUUAUUUUCUGACAAAUUUCAAUUUGGUUAGUAACAAUAUAAUUGUUAUUAAAUCUCGAGUAGACCAAGUUGCAAUUUGGUUAGUAACAAUAUAAUUGUUAUUAAAUCUCGAGUAGACCAAGAUGCAAAUGUUGUCAACAUCCGUGUUCUACUCCAAACUCACUUUAAUAUUCUAGCCAACCCGUCUGGCUUACCAAUUAAGAUUAAUUAUGAGAAAUGACACCAACAGCUUUCUCAGAUAAUACUCACACAGGGAAAAACUGCCUUCAACUGCUUGUGUUAUGAUAAUGAUAUUUAAAACGGGGAAUUUGUUAAACGAGUCAUGUCAGGAGUUUUGUCUACCGUAUAUCCAAGUUACAUGUAUUGUCUCUAUACACAUAGUAUUUAUUAUCCCAUUACCUCCUGGACAAAUAUGUACACCUCAAAAUUAUAAACAUAAAGUUCUGUGUUGUAACUGGGUAGCCAUUAUGUUAAUUGUUAAAACUUUGACUUACAUCACAGUAAGGAAAUGUAUUGAUAGUUUUAUGAGCAUAAAAUCAAAUGUAUAAGUAUGUAUUUACAUUGGAAUAUACCACAUAAUUAUGUUAAUUUUCAAAAUAAGCUACAGUCAUUGAAAAUGGUUCAUAUUAAUUUUUAAAUUGAGCUACAUAAUACAUGUAUAUUCAUUAAAAAUGGUUCCUAUUUCAGCCCAGUCAUAAAAAAAUACUUUUGUUUGUGUUUGAGUUUUUGUAAGUCGUUAAACUAUGUCUCUGAUAAUGCUUUGUCCAUUUCCAAACUCGGUGUUGGCCAAAACAUAAGCAAAGACUUAGCUUUAGUCUUCUGCAAAGAAGUAAAAUUACAAACAGUUUUAGGAUUACGUUUUUUUUGGUUAUGAUAUGGCAGAACAGUUAAUGGUGUUCUACUUUGUAAAACCUGUAUCUAUUGCAGGAUGAGCUGGGUAUCUAAAACUGUACAUUUAAUGUUAUCAAACUCUGUAUAUACUUGUAGAAAAUUGAUGCAUUUUGUAAAUUAUGUUUUAAAACUUUUAAAGCAAUUUUUAAAUUUUCUUUCCAUUUUGAAAGUUUGUUACAACAUUGUAAAGCUCAAAUUAGUGUAGGAUUGGAUUCUGUUACUUAAAGAUUUCUAAUAUCGGUGUGAUGCUGGCUCAUGACGUUGUGGCUAUUCAGUUGCAGCACAGUACGCAUGGUUGAAUAAUAAAAAAAUGUGCCCAAUUAAUGAGUUAGGCACAAAAAAUCUGCGAGAAUGUUUCCAUUAGCUGUUGAAAUAUGUGAAUAAGAUGUUAUUUGUAUCAUAUGUGAAUGUGAAUAUAAAAUCUAAAAGUUUUUGUUUGUUUGUAGAUUUUGAAUGUUCUUUGUGGUGAAUGAGAAAUGUGCUAAGUCAUUUGUAUUUUUAUAUCAUGUAUAUGUGUGAAUUGGAGAGCAAAUGUUGGUGAAUUUGGCCAGUAACAUUACUUGGGUUGGACAGAGGCAGCUAAAGCAUAUGAUAAGCAAUGGAAUAUAGUAAUAAUUUUGUUGAUGAUAUAUUUACAGGUCUUGUUACAUCAUUAAAGUUACAAUUUCUACAGCAUUUCUUCACAAAUAGAUAAUCACAGUUAAAUAUUCUGCAUUUUGAAACGUACACAUCAGGAAGAUGUUAAAUAAUGUUUAAAUACAGAAUUUGUUUGAAUUUGUGUUUACCAAUUAGGAGAAAGCACUUACUUAAUUUAACCACUUAUUAUUUUUUCUCUGUUUUGGGUAAAGUAUUAUUUUGAUUUCUAAGAAAAAGGGUCUCAGCUAUCUAAUUGCAGUCACCAACAUGUGCAAUGUUUGUGUCGUCUUGGGAUUCAAGAUCCUGACAUAAACCAUCUAAAAAUGUACGUCUUUGAUCGGUUUAUGGAACACUGUUAUUAGGUAGGACAAUUAGAGUCGGUCUCAGAGAUCAACCAGCAAGACCACAAUAAGUAUAGGGCCGAAUUUAUGAAGCCUGUUUUGUUUUUACACGUCAGUGUUUUUCUUUACGUCAGUGUUUUUCUUUACACGUCAGUGUUUUUCUUUAACCGCAGGUGUUUAAACAUUGUAAAUGAAUGUAGCUUCAUGCAUGAAAGUCAAAAACAGGCUUUGUAAAUUUGGCCUAUAUUGUUUAAAUAUCUAGUCUAAAGGGUGGGUUAUAAACCUGCUGUCACAUUUGGUUUUCUGUUGUUGAGCUGUCGACCAAAUGUGGGAUGAAUAAACUGCCCUGCCUGAUCUAGUCAGAACAAUAUUUAACAUGAAGCUCUUCUUAUCAAUGAAUACUGAAAUAAUUACUUUUUAUUUUGGUGCAACAAGCUCAUAUCAAUGGACAAUUUCAAGAAAUGCUUUUUAUUUUUGUGCUACCUUAGAAACAGUUAAACAGUUGUAUUUUAUUUGAAAAGUAUAGUAAAUAUAAAUGGUGAUUAAAGUUUCACAGAUAUAAGUUUCCCUUUAUUCAUUCAUGACUCACUGCUGUGUACAAGAGAAAAUGUUUCACUUAUUCCUGUUUUACUUGUCUCUGUUCACAAACCCUAAAAAGACUGAGCACUAUGAAUACAAGUGUAUAAAAAUGAGCCAAACAUCACUUGAUGCUUUAAUACUGCCAGCGUACGAUGACCAUUCAUAGUCAUUGAAAUACAAGUCAUACUCUUCCUCUCAGCUAAUUACAAACAUUAGUGAAGGGAGGUAACUCAUUUCCAAAGGGAGGUAACUCAUGACAGUGUGAUUGUGUUUCUUGCAAAUUUUUGCCAUUCCAGUGAAGUAUUACCUGUACAUAGUGUGUGUGUGUUGCUGCGUGUUUUGUACAGAGUUGUCUACCUUGUGGUUGUCUGUUGCACUCAUGUCUGGACGGAUUCCUGCCAUAUUCAUGUACAAUUGUUUUAUCACUGUAUUCACUAGAUAUUGCUUUUUUUAGCUUGGACUAUCUGUAGUAGGCAGUAUUCAGUGGGUGUCUUUGGUAAUACUUAUCCUAAAUAUUUUUAAAUUAGCAUCAGUAAAUUAGAAGGCAUAAUUGAACAGAUCGAGAAAAUGUGUCAAGUGGAAAUUUUUAUUUUUUUAUUUUAGCAUUCCAAAUAAAUAUGAUUUCCAUUUAUAAUCCUGUGCUGGAAAAAAUUUAUAUUAUAAGAUGAGGCUUUCUAGAUAAACAUCAAUAUUGAAAAUAUAGACAAUGCUUGUAUCAACAUUGUGAGAAGUUGUAUUUGUAGCUUAUAUAUUUUAAAAUAUAUUUGGGGAAGGGUUUUGUUUUUUAAUUAUUUCUGUUUAGGAAACUCAUUCUUUGCAAACUAUUUGCUUAAAUGUGAAUGUAAAGUACAGUAUUUAAUACAUAUAAUAACAUACAGGAUGUGAGUGCCAUAUUUAUAAACUCACUCUGUGAGCACCAAAAUAAAUCUGUUUAAAAAUUUAUGACAGUAAGAAUACAUUAUUUAUAGACUUAUAAGUUAUUUCUUCUUUGUGUAUUAAAAAUGUGCUGGACUGAAUAUUCACAUAUCUACUGUCUGUUAAUAGUGUUAGCCCAAAGAUUUACCCUGAAUGUCUGCCUAGUGUACAUUGUCUGUAUGUGUAUGUGUUACUUGUAACAUGUACGUACAUGCAGUCAAGCAUCCAAUACCAGCAAUGUAGUCUUACGUUACUAACAUUAUACAUGCGCUGGUGAGUAAAUCAUGCAAUACACUGUUACUCUUAUCUGUGUUAUAUGUAGCUUGAUUUAUUAAUGUAACAAUCAUAUUGGAUUCCAAAAAAUUAUGUAAAAAUAAAUACAGGUUAAGAAAUGAAAGCAAAAAGUAAACUGUUUUGUCCUUGAGAGGCAGUCUAGGCUGCUGGAACCAUGGUUUGAUAUGGGCAUGUUAAUGACAAUACAAAGUAAAGAAAAGAAAAACACAACUGACUUUUUUUUUUCUACUGUUUGAACUCGGACCCAGGCCAUCACUUUAGUAGUGGGUGUGAUGAUAACCACCAGUCCCACAAUCCCUUGCAGUGACAGUAGAUGUUCUUUCCCUGACAUAAGCUCAACUCCGUUGAAGCUACAAGCAGGUGAUGAGUAAUAAAUGACUGAUCUAUGCAGGUGUACUUGCUCCGCAUGCACCACUGUGAUGUUUCGGUCUAAAUCUCUCUCACUUACUUGAAGUCUUGUCACACAUCCUCAGAUCAAUGGGAGAAUUUUACAAAAGAUCCUUUAAAACCCAGUAUCACCAAAACUGAACAUGUGCCAAACAACCACACCAAGACAUGGUUAUACACAUUUAUAGACAACUGAAGAGUCAAACACAGAAAUGGGUGUAGACCAGUCCAAUCUGAGACAUUAGAACUGAAAAACACAAAUGGAUGUUAAAAAAUAAAUAAUUUUAUAGACAUUAGAAGAACCAAACACAAACAUACUGGUAUACAGAAAUAAAUAUUCCAAGACAUUAAAACAACCCAAAACAAGAUUUAAAAAAAAUUUGAGAUCAAGAAACUAACUUUCAUCCAUAAGGUGCUGUACAAACAUGUUGUAGAAGAAGCCACCUUUACCACAUUAGUAUUGCAUGCUGUACUUAACAGCACAUUGUUUACAAUCAUACUUUCUUGUUAACUCUUUUGCCCUUAAGUUCCUCUUGUAGAUAGCUAGUUUCAUUUUGUAGGCCAGGUCGUAUGCCAAGGGUAAAAGAGUUAAAACAAUUGAAAACGCUACCUCUGUUGUAUUUUCCAGUCAUAUAUAUAUUGUGUAGUAUAAAUAUAUUAUUAUUAUUAUUAUUAUUAUUAUUAUAAUGUUAAGUAUGGAUAACUGACAGGCCGGUUGUUCUGCACCUGUGUCUGUGCUUGUACAACAUGUUGAUAUUGGCUUCUGGUUCGGGUUUCAGUCUGGAUUUAUCUCCCUUACAUCUAUAGGCUAGUGUACGGAUACCACAGUGGUUCUUUUUAAACGAUUUCUGUAUAUUAUGUACCUAAGUCAGCUUCAUUGGCUACCUAGUACCUUAGCAUUUAUUGUAUCAACAAGAAGUUGUCUUUAAAGUAUAAAACAACAUCGCUAUGUUAUGCAGAUGAAUAUUGAAUAAUAUGAUCACAAAAAUAGUUUUAAUAGUUUGAAAUAGUGCAAAAUUCCCCCCCCCCCCCCAAAAAAAAAAAAAAAGAAGAAGAAAAAAAAUAGUUUAAUUGUGAUACAUGUAAAAUAUUUUUCUAGAAUAUCAGUAACAUUUUCUAAGAAAUUCUGGAAUAUCACUAAGGUUUUUUUCUGGAAUAUCACAGCAACCUAUUUAAAAGCUUUCUAAAAGUACUGGUAAUUUUACAGCACAAAUCUCUCUAGGUUUGAUCUAGAGUCGAGACUACAUGUUUUACAAGCACGAGUCGAGGUUUCAACUACUGUUAGGAGUGAUGGCUUGGAAUAGCUAGGUACAUGUUUCUGCUUGAAAAUCGUGGUUAGUGUAGUUUGUUUCUCUUCUGCUGCUGCUGCUCCCCAGAAGACGGAGCCCUGUGUACAUAGUUGUAUCUGAAGGUGCUGGACAUUGUAAUAUAACAGAAAAUGGGUCUUUCUCGUUCGUGUUUGCUGUGGAGGCAUAAUUGUACCACGUGGCUUUGAGUAUUUGUAUGAUACUUGUAGUGAUGUAAUUUAUUCAACAUGUAUGAUAAACAGAAACACUGCACUACACCAACCACUAGAGCUGAAGAUUGCUGAUACUUAAUAAAACACAAAACAUAUGGAGAUAUUUUAGACUAAUAGUAAUUAAAAUGUUAAAUUUAACAAUGACUAACAUUGGAAAAGUAAAAUCUGUUAAUGUUUUGCAACAUUUUAAGAUAUUGUUUUCAAAUUUAAAAUUGAUAUAUUAAAUGUGUCAAAUUUAAUGUACCAAGACAUUUUUUAGCAAAGUAAUACGUUACUGAUAGCUUUGCUCAGAAAGACAAUUGUUUUGCAACAUCUAAUGAAUACUAAGAUGUUUUGUACUAACUUGACCAGGUCUGAAUGUUGCAGUUAGAAAAGUGUUGUUUCCAUUUCACUCUUCUACACAGAACCAAUAGUAGGUUGUGUUAUAAAUCCAUGGAGGAAUCACUUCUUUUUAUUUAGCUAUUUCCAUACUCUCUUUUGGCCGUAGAAAAUCAUUCACUUUAAAGACGAGUAAAUUUGUUAUUCCAUUCAAAUGUUGAGCAAUUCCAAGUUUGACUUUGACACAUAUUAUUUUCGCGGACAAUGGAAUAUAUCAGUUAUAAAAUGAUUGUUUGGCAAUUAUUCGUGUAUUUGAAAAUGCCACAGACUUUGAUAAUGAAAUGUAAAACAAAUUUAAAUUAAAAUUAUAACAAGUAUUAGUUGACGUUGUGUUAAGUUAAAAGUCAGGAAUGAGGUUUGAAAAUUUGCGUAAACUAUUUAGGAGUUGUUGAGAAACAAAUUCAAGUAACUCAUUUCGUUUUUGUGUCACCCGUUAUGACGAUGUAAAUGAUGUUCUAUAGUUAAUAUGCUAAUGAACCCUGGGUUAUGCAAAAGCAGACUUGCGUGGCUGACACGCAAACGAAACUAUCGUUCUCCUGAUUUCGCUAGGCCUGGAAUGUGUAGAAUGGCGGGAUGAUAUGUAUUAAUGUAGUCGGACAACCACAAGAAUAUCCUCUUUAUUUCUGUCAUUCCCAGCUGUGACCACCGGCCACCAACCUCGUGCUCGUCAGUGUAACGCCGACAGAAUGGAAAAUAAAACGUUGGAUCAUCUUUUUAUUUAUUACAUUCUUGCCCUUUUUUAAGUUUUUCAAUCUGCCUCAUUUCUUUUCUUUUUUCCAACUCUGUUCCAUGUUAAAAAUAUAGUUUAGACAUUUUGUUUGAGUUACUACUUUUAGUUUAAAUAAAAUGAUUUUUUUUUUUUAAAGCUAAUACAAAUGAACUACAUGUGUAUUUGUGAAAACGAACCAAGUUUAAAAAUACCAAUAGGUUGUGGAUAUGAAUUUACUCCCAUAAUAGUAUAAUCGAAUAAGAUUCCAAUAAUGAAUAAGUUAAAUACAAUGAAAAUACAUGUCUACAUUCGUUGAUUACUGACAGGGGUCCCGUUCUACCAAGCGUAAGUGCCGAACUAACGUAAUGUGAUUUUAGCGCUAAGAUCGCUUAGUAAAACGGAGCCACACUAAGGCUGGUGUGUGCGUGUGUGUGUGUGUGUGUGUGUGUGUGUGUGGAGUGUGUGUGUGUGUGGAGUAGCUGGGUCGGUGCGAUAAGCUGCGGUUGUUGGUUGGUUGGGUGUUACUUGCAGGGACAGAGUUGUCGUCAUUGUUAGAUCUCCAUGUUCACCAUGUCGUCGCUCAAUGGCGUUCGUCAUCUAGAUCUUCUUCAUUGUACACAUACUUGAUUUGCAAUAAAAUAUGAAACAUA